AUGUGCUUCUCGCCUGUUACAAGCAGAGAAACAAUCGAUGAAUUACAGAAUUCCAUUGAGACACAUCUCCUAUUUAAAGAGCUAUUUCCGCAAGUCAACAUAACCCCUAAAAUGCAUUAUAUGCUUCACAUCCCAACUCAAAUGGCUGCGCUUGGUCCACUUAUUAGACACUGUUGCAUGCGGUUUGAAGCAAAACAUCGAUAUUGUAAGGAAUUAGCUCCACAACAAAACUUUAAGAAUAUCUGCUUCUCGUUGGCAGAAAAAUGUCAGCUCGAUGCUUGUGCCGACUUUCACACUGAAAAUCCUUGCGAGCACCCGCUGUUCUCUACGGACAAAGAACUUGGACCAACAAGGCCAGUUAUUAACCAAUCAAGAGCUGCCAUCCUUAGAAAGAUUGAAGAUGCAAAGUUAUUUGCGAAACCAGAAAUGAUAAACAACGUUUUUACUGCUAAAUGGAUUAAACUGUAUGGAACGAAAUAUGCAACAAACAACAGUUGCGUAAUUGCAGUUGAUGAUGCCACUUUUGUGGACAAAGUGCCCACUUUUGGAAAACUUCAGCAGAUUUGGUUGGUGGAUAAAGAAAUCUUAUUUGAAUUCACGCCACUGACAACGGUCAAAUUCGAUCCUAACUUGAUGACAUAUGAAGUUUACGAUCUUGGAGAUGAUGCACUUUCAGAGCUCUGUUUCUACAACCGUAUGUUGGAUUUCAGUGUUUACUCCUUACAGCGACACUCUGAAUCAGUUUAUAUUCCACUUAAAUAUGACUUGACGGAAAUCAUAAGGGAGCAUGUUGUUGGAGAAAAUCCAUUGCACUUUUAG